GGGUGUAGACAUUACAAGUGAUGACGGGGCAGCUGUCACCUUAUUCGUAUGCUCUGCGUGAUACUAAGCCGUGGGCUUGAUACAAUCUAAUAAGCAACGCUGCAAGCUAUUUUUAACAGCGACCGGAUUUGGCUUCAGACAGGUAACCUGUCCCGUAAUGCCUAGUCUCACCCUAGUGCCCUGGUCCUUCGCUACCAGCUCCGGAAUACUGAGUGCAGUCUUAACACAACCCGCAAUGGCUUCAGCCACCGCAGCCUUGUUUUCUGACAGGCGGUCUGGCGUACUCAUUUAAUACGGCCUAAGGACCCAUACCUCACAAUACGAACAUUAUUGUGGCUAUGACAAUUGUCUUAGGUGGACCCGCAAAUAUGGUAAUAGGAUAAUUUGCAUUUGGGAGCACAAACAGUACUACUUUUUCGACCACUCGGCUUCUGAACAGUGUUCCGGCUGUCAGCCGAAACUAACUUUUUCCCGCCGAGGCAUGCACCAAGUCGUCCUCUACCCUCCUAACCAGCCAUGGGUCAGGCGUGAUGCUGGAGCUCCCCGGCAAGCCGUCCCGCUUCCCUCGACGCCGCCGACUCGCCGCCCUUGCCUUUCGGGGCGCCGCUCCGGCGUUUUGUUCAGCGCCGCACCGGGACCGAAUCCCACCGGACCAUCCUCGUCAUCCCAACCAGAUGCAGCCCAAAAGCGUGCCGAAAUCACAGCAAAUGUGGAGCGCGCGGCAGCGAUGGUGGGCGAGAUCGUCAACGAGGUGACGCGCGAGCUGUUUGUCUCAGAGGCCGUUGCCUACAUCCAAAACGACCGCGCCGAUCAGACUGAGCUAGUGGCUGUGCGCGAAGCUGUGGCGCGGCGCCUUGACUUCCUGGACGCCAACUUCCUCACCACUCUGGCGGGCUUCAUCCGUGCCUGCGAGCAGCGCGGCGACUCGCAGUUGUGUCGCAUGCUGACCGCCAUCCACGAGGAGGUUCUGCGGCAGGUAGGGGCCCGCAUGCCCGCCGCCGCGCAGGUCCUGGACCUGGCGCUGCGCCACGCGGACAAGGACGAGCGAGUAGGUGUGCUGCGGGCGGCGACGACAGCCGCUGCCGCCGGCACCGGCGGCGCCACCGCCGCCGGCGCAAUCCCCGCUGCUGACUUUGACACCUUGGCCGCCACUGCCUCCAAGUUCAUCGACGAGAUGGAGGAGCAGGCGGAGGUACCCGACAGGCGGCUGCUGGCUCGCCUGGUGCUGCUACGUGAGGAGCUACGUCUGCUGCGGGAGGAAAUGCGCUUCGCGUCGGGGCUGGAUCCGGAUUUGGAUUCUGACCACCAGGUGCUGAUGGCGGAACCUGUUCGUUCCAACGUACCGCAGCGCUGCGCUGCGUUCCUUAAGGAGCUCGUGGCAGUCAGCGACCCGCUGCGACGCGUGGGGCUGCUGGCGGCGGCCUUCGAACGCGACUGGGACGGCGCGGCGCCGCGGCAGAAGCCUCAGACCGCCUUCCACGCCAACCAGCCAGAUUGGGUCCGUCCUGGACGGCUUAUGGCGACGCUGCAGUCGAUGGUGGUGCAGCUUCAGGGUUUGGAUGAGGCCAAUGCCAGUACGGCCGGAAGUGGCGGUGGCGGAAGUGGGGGAGUUGGUGGCGGUGCUGGCGGGAAUACGGCGGUGAUUGCGCGGUUGGAAACUAUUCGCAGCGAGGCCAUGGCGGUGCUGGACAGGAUGCACACGGCGGGGUCAGGGACGGCAGUUGGGGAUGGAGAUGGGAGUGAUGGCGGGAUCGGCGUGAGCGGGAAAGGCGGGAGUGGGGGUUCGGGUGGAGGAGGCAGCAGUGGCGGUGUCCCGGUAGUGGAACCUUCUGUGGUGUGAUUGGUGGGGUGGGGUGGUGUCGCAGCCCUUAACCCUGCCUCCAGCUCUGUCGCAGCCUCUGUCGCUGCCUCUGCGUCUUUAACGAGGUGGUAUAAAUCCCGGACCUGUCUGAUACGCACGCAUGCAUCGGAAUAUGCGUCUGCCUUACAGCCUAUAUUGUCUGUCUGUUAUUAUUUUUCGUUGUCACCAACGGAUAACGGAGGGACGGACAUGGACGAACGCGGCUUUGCACCGCCAAUAACGAGUAUCCAUGGAUAACGUAUUCUGUCGUAUUUCAAAAGGAUGCUUAUAAUGCUUUUCGCAUCGCAUGAGCUGACUCGAAUCUUAGAUCACCAAUUGCGGGAUGUGUGCGAUGACGACGCAAGCACACACGCUUGAUGAUUCCGGCAGCACAUACCCUGUAUCAACGAACCAACCAAUUUCCUAACCACCAAACGAAUUCAACCGAACCAAAAUAACCAAGCAGCCAGCCGAAGGACGCAUCAGCAUCAAGCCGGCUUUUGCAUGUAUGUACAUGCCGUACAGCUACCGGCAAAAACGCAACCAACUCUUCAUCAAUAUCGACUUCUGGGCUCCUCACCAAAGAAAUUUGAAGAGAGAGAAAUUUGACACCGCAAAAAUGAUUAUCACAAAACGACAGCAACAACCAACAACCGUAAAAAAAGCUCAAACACGCAGCGUCCCUCACCCUCUUGUCUUUAGAUACACUCUCUCCCGUCCUCAAUCAAUGAACUGAUUCAUAAAUAUAAAAUUCAAGGGUGCGCAGCCUUCAGAACGGGCGGAAGGGGAAGAGGAGGGGGGGGCGGAAUUGGAGGAGG